AAUAAAGAAAGUAUCCCAACCAUCACGACUUUACCUACUAGGCAUGUACAGAUGUCAAAUAAAACUCUGGUUCUACAGGUUUAACUUGUUUUUUGUGUGUGUGUGUGUGUGUGUGUGUGUGUUAUGUUUCCUCCAGAGCUCCAUCAUUUUUUUUUUUUAAGAAAAGUGUUUUAGUAACAGUAACAGAAAUAAACAUAGGGUGACAGGAAUGUGUGUUUGUAUACAGGUUUGACUACAUUCGUGAGGUGUUUAAUGUCCUCACUAAUAGUGAAACACUGUCAAUAGUAAACACUGUCAAGUGAACCAGACUUCACUGAUUAAAAAAAGGUUAUGAAUCUGCAAAAUCAUGUUUCCAUUUAAAUCUAGUGUUUUGCAAAUGUUCUAUGAGGGUUAUGUGAAUGAAGGCUAAGUACAAUGUAAAAAUGUCUUUGUGUUUACAGUUAUGUACAGUGAAGGAGGUGGAAAGGGAAUUAAAGCGAGAUGGAGGGAGAGACACAGAGAGGGGAGUGGAUAUAUAUCGCUCCGUCCUGUGCAGUCUUCCAUGGACAAUAAGUUUCCCAGUCUGUCCAUUGUGCUAUUUGGAAGCUCUUCAUCGGUCCAGUUUGGACAUGAAAACCUUCUACUUGGAGAAAAACAGACACAUGUGGAAAACACUGAAGUAUCCAGGAUUGAGCCUUUACAGAAGAAAAUAUCAGAAUGCCACAUCUCUGUGUUCAACAUGAUUGACUUACAUGAGGCUGAACUUUAUCUGGACUGUGUGCAUGGUCAGCUUGUGAAUGAAAAUGAAAUCCAUGUCUUCAUCUUUGUUGUGCGACUGGGCCAGUUAAGCAAUGAUGAUAAGAUGAGUCUGGAAUGGCUUCAGAGUGUGUUUGGUGCCAAAGUUCUUCAGUUUGUGAUGAUUCUCUUCACUUAUGAGAGAGAAGAAGAGUGUAACACUAUAAAAGAUGAUCUGAAGAGAAACCCUGAUCUGGAGCAGCUGCUGGAGAAAUGUGGAGGAAGAUAUCUGACCUGCAACAAGAUGAUGAACAACCAAUCAGAGAUGAGAGACCUGAUGAAGAAGAUUGAGCAUCUGUUUAAUGAGAAUCAACAGCAGUGCUUCACAGGAGAGAUGCCCAACACUGCAUCAAUAAGGAAAAAAGAGCUGGAAAGUAGUGAACAUCAGUGUGGUAAGAAUUCAGUUUUUUUUUCUCUGAUUUCAAUCAAACACACACCCUAA